CUCCAGAGCUCCGGCUGAGGUGGGACUCUGUAUAUCAGACAGUAUGUAUGGUAUGUCAGAGGAGUUGAAAACUCCAGGCAGUCCGAGAGCUGAAGUCUGACACGGCAGCAGAUGGCAGCUACACAGGGUUUCCUCCGUGCUCAGGUGGACGCGGACCUGCAGUCCAUGCAGUUGGGGUCUGUGAUGCGGAAGGUGAAGUCGCGUACCUGGAAGAAGCAGCGCUAUUUCCGCCUGCAGGACGACGGCACCACCAUCUGGUACAAGAGCAAAAAGGCGGGCAAUGCCCAGUCCACGUUCUCCAUCAGUGAUGUAGAGGCCGUACGAGAGGGUCACCAGUCUGAAGUUCUGCUCAGCAUCGCAGACGAGUUCCCUCCUGAUCGCUGCUUUACGCUGGUGUUUCGUGGUCGUCGUGGCAACCUGGACCUGGUGGCCGAGUCGGCGGAGGAGGCGCAGUCGUGGGUGAACGGAGUGCGUAAGCUCAUCAAGAACCUGGAGAACAUGGACCAGAGGGAAAAGCUGGACCAGUGGAUCUGCGAUUGGUUUAAGAAGGCGGAUAAGAACGGAGACGGAAGGAUGAACUUUAAGGAGGUCAGAGACUUGCUGAAGAUGAUGAACGUGGACAUGAACGAGCACCACGCGCUGCGCCUCUUCACGAUGGCGGAUAAGUCGGAAUCAGGCACUCUGGAGGGGGACGAGUUCGUGCUGUUCUACAAGAUGCUGACGCAGAGGGAGGAGGUUCUCACCAUCUUCCGGGAUUUCUCUUCAGAUGGCCAGACGCUCUCGGUUCGGGAACUGGAGGAGUUCCUGCAGGAGGGACAGCUGGAGCAGGACGACACCUGGCGGCACACCACCGAGCUCAUCCAGCGCUACGAGCCAUCUGAAGCAGCUAAGCAUCGGCAGGCGAUGACGAUCGACGGUUUGCUGAUGUAUCUCGGUUCGACCGAGGGCUCCAUCUUUAACCCGGCCAUGCAGACGCUCUACCAGGACAUGAGCCAGCCACUGUGCCACUACUUCAUCUCAUCCUCUCACAACACGUACCUCCUGGAGGACCAGCUACGGGGACAGAGCAGCGUCGAGGGAUACAUUAGGGCACUGAAGCGUGGGUGUCGCUGCGUGGAAGUGGACUGUUGGGACGGUCAAAAUGGAGAACCGGUCGUUUAUCAUGGACACACUCUGACCUCCAAGAUUCUCUUCAAGGACGUUGUUGUUGUUUUGGGCAACUAUGCUUUCAUUGCGUCUGAAUACCCAGUGAUCCUGUCUAUAGAGAACCACUGCAGUGUGGAGCAGCAGAAGGUCAUGGCUCACCAUCUCACACACAUCCUGGGAGAGAAACUGCUCAGGAACACACUCCGGGGCAAAACCAACUAUGAUCUCCCUUCACCUGAGGACUUGAAGGGGAAGAUCCUGUUGAAGGGAAAGAAGAUUGGAGGUCUGGAAGGGAACCUGAGUGGAGUUGUAGAAGAGUCUCUGGGGGCGGAGGUGAGCGACGAAGACGACCCAGUGGAGAUUGACGAAGAGAAUCAUCACAACGGCGGCAUGCGGCGCAAAACCAAGAAAUCAGGACAGCAUUUGUCUAAAGAGCUAUCGGACUGCGUGGUGUACUGCAGGAGCGCGCUUAAUGGCUUUAAACACUCGCGCGUCCACUCCAGGUUCUAUGAAGUGUCGUCUUUCACCGAGUCCAAAGCCAGAAAACACAUGAAGGAAGGAGGAGCAGAAUUUGUGCAUCAUAACGGACGUCAGUUGACCCGUAUUUACCCCAGCGGCCUGAGGACAGACUCGUCCAACUUCAACCCACAGGAGAUGUGGAAUGCAGGUUGCCAAAUUGUGGCUCUGAACUUCCAGACGGCCGGUGUGGAGAUGGAUCUGAACGACGGUCUCUUCAGUCAGAACGCUCGCUGUGGUUAUGUUCUCAAGCCGGCGUUUAUGCGACACGCGGAGGACCGGUUUGACCCGGAACACCCGCAAAACGGAGACGGGAACACACCCCUGACUCUCACCGUACAGGUGAUCAGCGGUCAGCAGCUGCCCAAGGUGAACAUGAAGGAAGGUUCGAUCAUCGACCCGCUAGUGCGAGUGGAGAUUCACGGAGUUCCUCAGGAUCAGGCCAAACAAGAAACACGCCACAUCGAAAACAACGGUUUUAACCCCAUAUGGAACGAUACACUGAACUUCACCGUUCACAUCCCUGAACUGGCUCUGAUACGCUUUGUGGUGGAGGACUACGACAAAACAUCAAAGAACGACUUCGUAGGACAGUACACACUGCCUUUCUCCUGUAUACAGCAAGGUUAUCGUCACAUCCACCUCCUGUCGAAGGACGGAACCAGCAUCCCUCCAUCCUCACUCUUCGUUCACAUCAGGAUUAAAGACGCAACUUAACAUCUGCUCAGGGCAUGAGCCCUAUUUCAGAGCGAUAAACACACACACACACACACACACACACACACACACACACACACACACACACUGAACCAUAACAGCAGCAGGUGCUUUAUAAUGUUUUUGGCUAAAACUGGAUAUAGUUUUUUAUUGUUAUUGUUAUUUAUUGUAUAGUUUUGUGUUCUAUAGAAGUUAUAAUCGUGCGCCAAAAUGUUUUUUUUUUUUAAUCCCUCGUAUAUUCAGAAGAUGAUUUCGGUGUUGAUUAUUGAACAGCGUCGUGCAGUGUGUCAUCUGAUUUAUGCGAUAAAUGACAUUUAUACCUUGUAGUUCUGAGCUGUUGGGUCACGUGACUUACUGGUGGCUAGAAGACUUUACCUGAACCAGCUGCUGUGUCCCGACGUUCACGUGACCAAAACACACAUCGUCCUGCUUUGACCAAACAAACUUCACGUGUUUGACGUAUUUUGAUCUACAGGAAAUGUUACAUUGGCCAUUCACUAUCAUGAGUGUACUGUUGCUAGGCAACGGGAAAAAUAGGAAUAUGGGCGCAUACACAGCAGUGAUAUUAGUAUUAAUAAUCAAUAAGUUCCUAUUACUUUGUUUUCCUGCAGUGUUUUUAUGUUAAGUAUUAAUAAGAUACGUGCUAAUAUUACAUUUAUUCUACUUUGUGGAAAGAUUUGAUGGUUGUGGUUUUGUAAACUCACGCUGCUGAUCAAUAGUAUUAUUUUUAUACGCUGUGCUCUUAUUGUGCUUUAUUAUAAAGAUUUCAUGCACCUGCUGUUUCUACAGAUGUCACCUCACGUGGUCAUGUGAUCAAAGCCACACACAACCCACAAUAAACGUUUUUAGUA